GGCAUCCCUUUGUAGUGCACCUAAUCAGCUGUCAAAGUACAAACUUCUAUAUUUUAUAUUAUAUUAAUAGUUAAGUAAAAGCUAUGGCGGAAGACAACUGCAUUUUCUGCAAAAUAUCCAGCGGCCAAGAGCCUACGAGUGUUUUGGAAAUGGAAACCGAUGAAUUUGUCAUCUUUAAGGACAUCAAACCCGCUUCCCAGCACCAUUAUUUGGCUGUAACCAAAACACACUACACCAGCCUAAAGGUUCUGGACAAGUCCCACGAUCCCUUGGUUGAACGGAUGGAGAGCGGCCUGAAGGAGUUCCUAACAGGCAAGGGAAUCUCUGUUCAGGAUGCGCUCUUUGGGUUCCAUCUGCCACCGUUCAUCACGGUGAAACACCUUCACAUGCAUGCCAUUGCUCCAAAAUCGGAAAUGGGCUUCCUAUCACGAUUAAUCUUCAGACCCUCCGUUUGGUUCAAAACCGCCGACGAUGCGCGGAUCUACCUUUCCCAAGUAGACAGCUUACAAUGAAUUGGGUUUACAAUAAAUUGUAAUAAUUUCCAAAUAUAUACUUCAGUUGUAUACUUCAGCGUCGUUAAACUAAUAAAUGCGGCUUGUGCGCGUUAAAGUGGG